CCAGUGAUAGGGAUGACAGGGAAAUAGGACCUGGGAUAAUGGGCGCAGCAGGGGGGGCAGCUCUCCCCGCACCAUCUGCCCCAGCACGUGUCCCGCAUCCCCCUAGUGUGCACACUCACACCUGGCCAUGUGUAUCCUGCCACCUCCGUCUCUCACCCGGCCCGGCAGGAGGGAGGUGACUGCUUCACAUAAAUGACAGGAGCCGGGAGCACAGACCCAGAGACUGCGCAGCCCGAGAGCAGGAACGAGGAGCGGACCUAUCGGAGGCAGCAAUGGAGCCACAGCAGAAAGGAGAGCGGGGGAGAUGCGGGGAGCCACAGCAGAAAGGAGAGCGGGGGAGAAGCGGGAGCACUGCGGACAACGCCAGGUGUGGGACUAUGUGGAGACCGUGGAGCGACAGCCCAGUGACACCAGCACCGCACAUCCGUAGCGAUCUGCUGCAGUCAGCCAAUUUAAACCAGGGUCUUGUCAGUGAUAAAGUGAAGAUGUCAGCCUUUCAGCAUCCUGUCAAGUUAUUCUGGCCUAAGUCAAAGUGCUAUGACUUCAUGUAUCAGGAGGCGGAGGAACUUCUGAGGAACUUUCCAGUACAAGCCACCAUUUCCUUGUACCAGGAGUCAGACAGCAGCAGUGGUUCCGAGGAUGAAGACACCAUUGAGAAUUAAAUCAUUGCCAUGCAAAUACUAUGACUUUUAAGCAGACAUAUGCAUAAGCCAAAACUCCAUUUUUAAGGAUACUAUGUUGGUGGCAGAAUACUGUAAUUACAAAUUGUAUAUAGCCAUCGGGCACUUCUUACAUGGAGGAAAGAAUAUGUGUAUUUUUUUAUACCAGAAAACAAAGGGUCUCAGUUACAGUACCUAAGGCUACAAUGUCUGCAUAUGUAUAUUUAUAAUUACUGUUGAAAUAGCCUAUAAACCAGACAUUUUGAAUCAUUGUUUUUUCUUUUCCAAUCUAUCCAUACCGAGCCCUUUGUGGACGGACUUCGCUGUAAAUAUGUACUUGUGGAGUGAGAAGUAUAAAUGCUACUUGAGCUAUCAGUGUAUGUAACUAGCGCUGUAUGCCUUGUUAGAGAACGGACUGUAGUGUUGCACUAUCACUUUAUAACAGGGUGAAAUUAUAUAUCCACUGUUGGUAUGAAUGUGCUCUCCUAUGACAGUGCUAUUAGCUUUGGUACACUAGUCUUCCAGUAUGGGACAUCAUCAACCUUAUAUAACACCCAACAGUUUUGUGGGUUCCAUAACAAUUCAGGCAGCUGUUCCACUCAUGCACUUUCUGCUUUGAAUAUUAAAUGUACUAAUUUAUUUAAUUUGAAUUCUUCUUGUAUUUUUUAAAGAUAUUAUUUAUAAUAAAAGGUUGAAUUGA